AGUCAUUCUUCGUUUCGCCUCGGCCCCGGCGGCGUGCGUGCUCGUAGUACGCGACCAGCGGAUCCCGACGGAGGUUAGGUUCGCCGACGUUCGUCCCCGCGCGCGCGUUGGUUGAACAACUUCCUCGGUGUGAACGAUCCUCGAGCGCGCCGCGUCCCACCCCGCGCGUACAAUACCACGUACAUACAUCUCUCACGCGCGCGCAAGAGAGAGAGAAAGAGAGACAGUGUGCCGUCGAGACGACGAGACUUCCCCGUGUUCCGUGACCGACGCCUACGGUAUUCGUGUGUGCGCGUGUGUGUCUAUGUCCGCGCGCGUCCCGUAACGGCGUGCGCGCUCCAAAACGGAUAAAUAAUGUCGAGCAGUGUGUGUCACGCGCCCCUGCCAGCACGAAUGGAAGCGUUCACCACGAGGCUCUGCCUGCGUGCGGUCGACCAGUAUGAGCGGCUCCUGCAGACGCACUUCAAUAAGCCCUCGAGCAAGGAGCAAACGCGAUUGAACGGUCAUGAUUCGAUGGGCAACAAGGACCACCGUCAGCAGAAGGAUGGCUCCAGCAGCGGCGGAAGCGGCAGCAACAGCAGCAGGAGCAGCGGCAGCAGCGGCACUUACAGCGCCUUCCGUCAAUGGCGACGCAGCACCUCGAUUGGUUCCCACAGCAACCGAUCCAGCAGCGCCGGCUCCAGAUCGUCCAGCUCGCUCGCCAAAUUGCCCAACGAUCCGGCCACCAUGCGGAAGAUAGAACAAUUCCCCCUGGUCCUGUCCGACGCGUCGAUGCCGGACGAGGAUCUCUCCUUGAAAUUCCUCGCUCUGAAUGCCCUGGAUCUGACGGCGCCGGCUAGCGACGUGCUCCUGAAGAACCGACUGAAAUCCUGGUUCCAAUUGUCGGGCCACCCGGACGGCUUCGCACCCGCCGGUCCCGGCACCGUCUGGAAGAGGCGGUCGGGCGGCGCCGACAACACGGAGCGCAUCGUUUACGAGGCCUUGAGCAAGGAGGAAGCGUUGCGGGAUUGCAUUCCGAGAUACUACCGGGAGGUCGAGUACAAGGGCGACACGUUCAUCGAGCUGCAGGAUCUGCUCUUCGGUUUCAACGAUCCCCAUGUGAUGGACAUCAAGAUGGGCACGCGGACCUUCCUCGAGUCCGAGGUGUCCAAGAUCACCGCCCGGCCGGACCUCUAUCAGAAGAUGAUCGCCGUCGAUCCGGACGCGCCUACCCAGCUGGAGCACGAGGAGCGCGCCGUGACCAAAUUACGGUACAUGCAGUUCCGCGAGCAGCAGAGCUCGACCUGCAGCCACGGUUUUCGCAUCGAGGCGAUGAAGCUGCCGGGCGCGCCGCCGAUCACCGAUCUCAAGAAGAUCAAGUCGCACAAGGAGGUGCUCGACAUCAUAAGACAAUUCAUCGGCAAGCGCGAGGACACACGUCGAAAGAUCCUCGCGCGCCUCAGGAGCCUGCGAACCAAAAUCGAGGAGUCAGAGUAUUUUGAAACUCAUGAGGUAAUCGGCAGUAGUAUUUUCAUGAUUUACGACAGCGAAAAGGUCGGCGUUUGGCUGAUAGAUUUCGCGAAGACGCGGGAGGUGCCGAGCGGACGGAAGCUCACGCACAGGCGUCCUUGGGAGGAAGGCAACCACGAAGAGGGCUUCCUGUACGGAUUGGACAAUUUAAUUUCAACCGUGGAAGAAGUCCGGCUAGCUCUGUAAAUAUUUUCGAUGUUUCGCGUGAACGGAAUUCAAACGAACUCUCUUCCGCGCUACGAAAACAUCGUUUACUCAUGUACAUAUGACGAGUGAAACAAGUAUUCGUAUUCCAUUCGUUUGUAAGAUUGACUUUUAAUUAAAACGUAAGUGCGCCAGUAUCGCCAAGAGCAUCGAGAAGUGGAGUUAAUUACAAGUGUGGGUAAAAGUGUUGACCGCCGAAAAAGUGGUACACCCGUUUCGCUCACUUUCGGUCACCUUUCGGUCUUAUCGGCACACAAGUUUCCGAUAUCGUCGUUAUUUAUCGCCGUCGAUAUGUAUGUAUAUAUAUUUAACAUGGAAGACUGCUUUCUAUUGCAUUUCACGCGCAUUUUUGUAAGAGACGUAUUUUCCAAAACGAAACCGGCGACACAUUAUUCUGUGUACAAACGCGUAAUGUACAAAAAUAGCUUUUAAGAUAGCGGAUAAGUAAUCUAACGUGCUGAGCUAGAACGAAACUUAUUUAUGAGGAGUGCUUACGUCGAAUAAUAAUAAUAAUGUUCUUACUUUUUUUAAAGAGUACUUGUCUCGAAUCGCUUCGUGUUUGAACUUGUAGGAGUAAAUAAAUAAUCUUCCUAUAUA